ACCACUAUAUACUUUGUACACCCAAAUAACUUAUAUCAAUAUAUACUUUAUACAUCCAAGUAACUUAUACUACCAAAUACGCUGCAUUAGUAUAUCUCCAUUUUUCUUCAAUUUAUUACUCAAUGCCUGAGGACAGUACAAGCAAUUAAUAGGUUCAGCCACAAACACCUGCUAUUAAACCAGUAGAUAACUAUCUAGUGUUGUGGAGGAAGGGACGAGUAAGAGGGUAUAUAUAGUGGGACUCUCUGACGUACUGGGAGUGUUUGAAAUUUGCUCAUGUUGAAGAGGAGAAGUAGUAUUUAAAGUAUCAGUAGUGGAGUAGUUUUAAGUGUUGAGAAAGAGAAGUAUUUAAUGCAGUGCUAGUAGCUAGAUUGGUUGAAACAAUCAUUGGAGUCAGUCUAUAUGUAUUAAAAAUCAGGGGAGGUAAAAGAUUUGGAGGAAGAUAGUGAGAUUUUUGCAUGUAACCCGAAAGGGACAAGUGUUCUGGCAACUGCCACUGGUGUAAAUUUAGGUCAGCAGAAGAAUCAGAAGUAAAUUUAGGGUUUAUGUGGUUGUUGUCCACGUAUGUGUGUUGCACAGAGAUGUCAGUGGAAAUAGGACAAUCGUUUACGGAAAUAUCAAAUUUCAAAAAAUGCAGCACUAAUGAUAUUUCCAGAAAACGAGGAGAAGAAGUAUAUCCAUCUUUGCCCAGUCACUCUUCUGAAGAGCUCCUUAAUUCGAUCAACGCUGCAUUAGCCAAAUAUGCAGUAGUAGUGAUGACUCCAACACUGCGUUGUAGUCAGUUCUCUGCUUCUGAAAGCUCUCAAUCCUCUUUAAACCCUUUUUCUCCAAUGAACCAAGCAACUUGUUUUAUCGUGUGGAGAACUAGGGGAGUUAACAACGACAAUUUCAAGAUGAAUUUCAGGGAUUUCAUAAAUUCUCACAACCCUUGCUUUGUUGCUCUUUUACAGACUAAGCUGAGUAACCAUCUGGGUCUUAUGUAUGAUUUUGAUUUUGAUGACUACUGGGAAGUUCCGCUCGGAUGGGAUUGUCCUCCCGUGGCACACUUCACUUCUUUUGUCAGUAUUACUCGUAAGCGUCAGAUGUCUCGGGUGGGAUUGUCCUCCUCUGGCACACUUCUUUUGUCAGUAUUACUCGUAAGCGUCAGACGUCUCAGGAAUUACAUGCAAUGAUUAAGGGCCCUUCCAUGAGGAGGCCUCAAGUUUUUGGUGAAGCACAAGAAGGUCUUUAUCUAAUCAAGUCUAAUGCCAAGGAGUCAUUCUCUAGUUUCAGCAAGACUACUUGUAGGAAGAUUGUUACUAAUCCUAGUAGUUCUUCAGUUUCUGUUUCUCAUGAAGAUAGUAUUGUUUCCUCUCCCAUUUGUACUAAUGCAACUUCUAAUGUAAGACUUUGGCAUAUUAGAUUGGGGCAUUUACCUUUUUCAUCAAUGAAGAAUGUCAGUUUCCUUUUUUUCCCAUGUACUUUUGAGUGUUUUUGUGAUAUUUGUCCUAAAGCUAGACAAUCUAGAUCUUCUUUCCGCAUUAGUCAAAUUUCAACAACUUCUAUAUUUGACCUUAUUCACAUUAUACUUGGGGACCUACAAAGUAGAUACUUCAAUGGAUAUAGAUACUUCCUAACUAUAGUGGAUGAUUACAGUAGAGGGACUUGGACUUAUCUGUUGAGAACCAAAAGUAAUGUCUUUCCUGUAUUGCAAUGUUUUCUGAAUAUGGUUGAGAGACAAUUUAAUAUUAAGGUGAAUACAAUAAGGUCAGAUAAUGCCCUAGAGUUGGGAAAGAGCUUGAUUGCAACUAAUUAUUUCAACUCACAAGGGAUUGUACAUCAAACAUCCUGUGUGGCUAGCCCUCAACAAAACGGAGUUGUUGAGAGAAAGCACAGACACUUGCUUGAAACGGCAAGGGCUCUUUUAUUUCAAUCUCAGGUUUCCUUAAGAUAUUGGGGAAAGUGUAUCCUCACUGCUACUUUUCUUAUUAACAGGAUGCCUUCAAGAGUCCUUCAUGGAAAAACUCCCUAUCAUAGAUUGUUUGGUAAAGCACCUAAUUAUAGUUCACUAAGGUGUUUUGGAUGCUUGUGCUAUGCUAGCACUUUGUCACAUGGGAGAGGGAAGUUUGAACCAAGAGCACAAGCUUGUGUCUUUCUUGGUUAUCCCAUUAAUCAAAAGGGUUUUAAACUCUUAGAGUUGAAUACACAAAAAAUAAUUGUCACUAGAGAUGUCCAGUUCUAUGAGAAUAUUUUUCUCUUUACAAAGAAUCCCAUAUCACCUCCACCUAUCUUUUCUGUACCAGACCAUGAAUCUGUUUCUUUCAUUGAUGACACACUCCUUUUCAACACAAAUUCUACAAACCACACUUUUCCAUUUUCAGAUACACUACAAGCUUCAGAUUCUUCACAUUCACAAUCAACCCCACCUUCUCCACCAGAAAAUCUACCUGCAUUCAGUACACCAUUUAGGAGAUCGGACAGAACUAAUAAAGGAGUACGUCCAGUCCAUUUACAAGAAUAUUUCUGUAACAAUAUAUUUUUUAGCCCAGUCACUGAGUUUUGUUUUGCAUCUUCUGUUGCACCUAAUUCUAUUUCUUUUGCUGGACUCUCUUUAUCAAAUCAACUCAUUCUUGAAUCAGUGUCUACAAUCAAAGAACCAACUAGUUAUCACUAGGCAUCUACUAAUCCAGAUUGGUGCAGUGCUAUGGAUGAUGAACUAGCAGCUCUACAGUCCAACCACACUUGGGAUGUGGUUCUACUUCCUCCGGGAAGAAAGGCUUUACCUUGCAAAUAGGUUUACAAGGUAAAGCAUCAUGCAGAUGGAUCACUUGAGAGGCUAAAAGCUAGGCUGGUCAUAAGGGGGGACAUCCAAAAGAAAGGGGUAGAUUUCAAUGAAACCUUCUCCCCCGUAGUCAAAAUGACUACAAUCCGAUGCAUUUUGGCUGUGGCUGCUAAAGGCAUUGGGAUAUUUCUCAAUUUGAUGUUAAAAAUGCUUUUUUGCAAGGAGAUUUGCAAGAAGAAGUGUAUAUGAAGUUUCCACCUGGUUUGUCUUCUCCUGAUCCUAAUUUGGUGUGCAAACUCAACAAGUCGUUUUAUGGUUUAAGACAAGCUUCUAGGCAAUGGUAUGCCAAACUUGUAGGUGCUCUUAAUUUCAAAGGUUACAGUGCUUCUCUCAACGACUAUUCCCUAUUUUCAAAAAGACUGAUUCUUUGAUAUCUAUUGUGGUUGUAUACGUCAAUGAUAUCCUCAUUACAGGUAGUGACACCAAAGAGAUCGAGUGUCUAAAAUAGUUUCUUCAUUCUGAAUUCAAAAUCAAAGACCUAGAACUUCUACAUUACUUUUUGGGAAUGGAAAUUUUAAGGGAAGAUCAUGGAAUUAUCAUCAGUCAAAGGAAAUAUACCUUUGAUUUGCUUCAAGAGUUUGAUAUUUCUCAUUUGCAUCCUGUAUCAUCUCCGAUGGAUCCUUCUUGUAAACUUUUUGAAUCAUCAGGAACACCCAUGUGUUUACGGGCAUUUGAUUGGCAAGCUAAGUUAUUUAACUCAUACCAAGCCAGAUAUAUGCUAUGCAGUAUUAACAUUAAGUCAAUAUAUGCAAACUCCCUGCGAUAUACAUUUCACAGCAACUUUAAGGGUUUUGCGUUACCUGAAAGGACAUUUUGUCGAGGGAUCUUCUUACCUGCCUCUCCAUCUUUCUCCCUCAAUGCAUUUUGCGAUGCGGAUUGGGCGUCUUGCCCAGAUUCUCGUCGAUCGAUCAGUGGAUUUUUCAUCUCCAUGGGAGGUUCUCCCAUCUCUUGGAAAUCCAAGAAACAAGCAUCUGUAUCACUUUCAUCCGCUGAAGCGAAAUAUCGAUUGAUGAGACGAUUAGUUGCGGAGCUCACUUGGUUAACUUGCUUGCUAUCUCAUCUAUCAGUUCCACCGGCUUUGCCAAUACCCAUUCGUUCCAACAGUCAAGCAGUGAUUCAUAUCGCUAGAAAUCCUGUAUUCCACGAACGCACAAAACAUGUGGAGCUAGAUUGUCAUUUCGUCUAGCAACAAUUUCUUUCCGCGCUCAUUUCUCUUCACUAUCUCCCUUCAAAAGAUCAACUUGCCGACAUAUUCACAAAAUCCCUUUCUGGACCAUCGCACCACCGUCUUCUUGCCAAGAUGGGACUCACUUCGAUCCCCUCCAUCUUGAGGGGGAUGUUGAGAAUAAAGAAAAAAUGUCAAGACAAGAUACAAGUGUUUAGAUAUUUCUUUUGUUGUUUUAUUAAAUAGCUUUGUGUUUUUAUUAUUUAGUUUCUUGCACAAGAUACAUGUGUUUUUAUUAUUUAGCUUCUUGCAUAAGAUACAUGUAUAUAUACAUUGGUUUACACAUAAUAAAGAUCAUCAAGAAAAUUUCCCAAAGUUGGUUCUAACUUUUCUACACAUUGUUCCACCGACUGGACUCAUCUGAAGAGCUCCCCUUUAAGCUUUCACAAUUUAGAUCUUUCUGAUUUAGAUCGUCCACUCCAAGAUUUUGAAAUCACACCUCCUCCCUCCUUCUUUGAAUGACACGUUUUUAUGUCUUAUUCCAAAAUUCCCCAAUGCGAAUCAAUUACGGAACUUUCGACCUAUCAGUCUCUGCAAUAUGUCUUAUAAAAUCAUUACAAAAAUUAUUGCUAAUCGCCUCAAGCCUAUUUUAACUGAACUCGUUAGCCCCCACCAAUCUAGUUUCCUCAAAGGUCGGCGUGCAAGUGAUUUUGCUAUCCUCGCUCAAGAACUCAUUAAUUAUAUCUCCAAAUCUCAAAAUAAAACGGGGAGCUUUAUUCUUAAGCUUGAUAUGGAGAAAACUUUUGACCGGCUAGAGUGGUCCUUUGUUUACCGUACUCUUUUUUAUCUUAAAUUUCCUCCGAAAAUUACCUCCCUUAUUAUGCAUUGUAUUUCUACCAGCAAUGUCGCUAUUCUAGUUAAUGGGUCCCCGACAAAUUACUUCUCCCCUUCUAGGGGUGUCCGACAAGGUGACCCCAUGUCUCCGUACAUAUGCAUUCUAUGUAUGGAUAUGCUAUCCAGUUACAUCUCUCAAGUUACAUCUCUCAUCAGGUGGAUACUCUACGCUGGGAUGCUCUUACCCUUAGUCGGAAUGGCCCCACUAUAUCUCAUCUUUUUUCGCUGAUGAUCUUACACUCUCCUCUAAAGCUACUAUUAAAUCCAUCCUCACCAUCCAUGACUGCAUGUCGCGCUUCAGUAGGACUACUUAUCUGGACAAAAACUUAAUGCCUCUAAGUCCAAAGUUAUCUUUCUCCCGAUGCUCUAAUGAUGCUCGGAAACUCAUUAAGGACCUCCUUGACAUUUCCCCCUCCACCAACUUUGGAAGAUACUUAGGUUUUCCUAUUCUUCACCAUAGACCGAAGAGUGCUGACUACCAAUUCAUUAUCGAUAAUAUGCGUAAAAAGCUUGCUUCCUGGAAAGCUCAUUUUUUAUCUAAAGCAGGCAAACUCGUUCUAAUUAAGUCCACCUCAGAUGCUAUCCCUACUUACAUUAUGCAAUUCCACAAGCUCCCUACGCAGAUCUGUAAUAUUAUUGAUAAGAUGCAACACGAUUUUCUUUGGGGAUCUAUCACCCAAAAAUGCAAACUUCAUUAUAUUAACUGGGAGAAAGUCACGUCCCCCAAAGAUCAAGGGGGUCUUGGACUUCACUUAGCUUAGCGAAUGUAUACUAACCCCACGGCCCUUUGGGCCAAGACUCUUCUUCACAAAUAUAACCACCAUCGCAUCAGUGCCUCUACUUCUUUUGUUUGGAAAAAUAUUCUCUCUGGUGGCUCUAUCUGCACCCAAUCUACAGCUUGGGUUCCGGCCACUGGCCGUUCAAUUAAUCUUUGGAACCAACGUUGGAUUCCUAGUUUCCCGCCUCUACGUCAAGUCAUGUAUGGCCCCCUUCUUUCUAACGAAGAAGCGUUGACUCUUAGUGACAUUUGAUCUGGCAAUAAUUGGGAUUGGACAAAAAUUUCCUUUGAAGUCCCUCCAGCGGUUCUCGAACAAGCGACGCUCAUUAAGCCAAAUUUAUCGCUGGGUAUGCAAAACCGUCCUUAUUGGGCAUACAAUAAAAAUGGCCUUUUCACCAUGAAGUCUGUCUACCGAUCUCUGUCUACGCCGUCCUCUCAUCCUUACAACUUUGGGUGGAUCUGGAAAAUCAAUACGUUAUGUAAAAUAAAGUUCUUUCUCUGGCUUUGCUCUCAUAACAGGCUCCCCACCUCUUCCUACUUGCAUUACAUCGGCCUUUCUCCGGACCCUACCUGCCCUGCCUGUGGUCUUCAACCCGAAACAAUAACCCACAUCUUUACCCAGUGCUACGUUGUCCAGAAAUUCUGGUUCGAUAUGGGUUUGAACCUCUCUAACUUUGAUAUGUCCACAGCCUGUUGGCUAAAUACUCUUAGAACUCUGUCUCCACCGGACAACUCUUCUACUUGGCUAACGCUGCUCUCUUUUGCGAUAUGGCAUAUCUGGAUUAACCGUAAUAACAAUGUCUUUAACAAAAAGUUUUGACUUCCCCAAUGCAGCGUUUGUUCAUGAAAAAUCUGAUGAAUAUGUUAAUACUAUUUCUUCCCACAGUAACGGUAUAGGUUAUGUGUCAAUUAAUAUCCGUUGGUGCCCCCCUCCUAGUGGACUAUUCAAACUCAACAUUGAUGGAUCUUACACUGCUAAUCCCUCUCUUUGUGGUAUUGGUGGAGUUAUUCGUGACGCAUCCGGCACCUGGAUUAUCGGAUAUAAUGGCAACAGUAACAGCCACUGUCACACUUUGGUGGAAUUGGAAGCACGGCUUCAUGGCCUUGAAAUAGCUGGCUAACUAUCACUUCACUCCUCUUGUUGUUGAAACUGACUCGGUUGAAAUUUUACGCCUUCUUCAGCAUCCAUUACCUCCGUAUAAUGACAUUAUCCGUA